GUUCACAAUCAAUCACAAUCUUAUUAUAUUAAUUUAUAAUAUCAAUAUCAAUCACAAUCACUCAAUUCUCAUUCUCAUGUCAUUGUCAAUACCAUGGUAAAUUGUCUUUCAUUAACUACAAAAACCGUUUAACAUAACUAAAAUUACUACUCUUUAUCACUUUGGUAUUAUAAGUGUCGCUUUGUAAUGUAGGCUAUCCAAUUUUAAACUAAAAACCGUAAAUUAAGUUAAAAUAAGUAGGCAUAUAAAGAACAAAUUACACAAUGGUGUAUUAAUGGUAGGAAACUUGUGAAUCCUGAUAGUUUUUAAUAGUAGCCUAAGUUACUUAAUUUAUAUGCCCUAAAACCCACCUUUUGAAACUUGCUGAAACAAUAACUUCGUUGUUCAUUUUUAAGAUGAAAACGAAAACAAUAAACAAAGUGAAGAUUUCAUUUUCUACUGAUAGGCCUAGUCAAUCCCAACAAGACGAUUCAAUGUCAAUUAAUAGUGAAUCUUUAGACACUUACAAUUCUGAUAAAAUUGUUGGAUCCCGUAAAAGAAAAUCGCCUAAGCCUACUGCUCAGGAUGACAACGGUGAUUUUGAACACUUACAAUCCAAUAGGAAACGUAAACAUAAAAAAGGGGAUGGAAAUGAGAACAAAAGUGACUUUCAAUUAGCUAUGGACAAGGCAGUAGACUUCAAUGUUGAAAGUUCAAAGCAAGACAAUACGCCCAAAUCACUCGUAAAGCAAAAGAAAACAAAAAAGAAGAAAAAUAAAUCCCAGCCAGUUAGCGUACAACCCAACUCUUCUAUCUUGGAUUAUUUAACUAGAUGGAAGAACAAAAGAGGUAAUUGGAAAUUUGAGAAAGUGAAACAGACACGUUUGGUUACCAACAUGUUUGAAAAUGAAAAGUUGCCUGAUGCUCAUUUUGAUAUUUUCCUGGAAUAUAUGGAAGGAGGAAGUAAAAGUAUGAAGGAGUUAAUGUCAAAGAUGGCAAAUGAAGUUGUUGAAGAAAUGGAGAAGUGGGAAAGUUUAACUGAAACAGAAAAAGUGUCUACUCCCAAAGUUAAUGAAAUUAAGUACAACAGAGCCAGAACUGUAUUACAAAUGCUUCAAUAAAACUCCUGUUAAUGAA